AUUUCAUUUCAUACAUAGGUCCUUUCUUUGUUUCUCCUCUUGGAUUUGCUAUCUCUGAUUUCUGAACACAAAGCUCACUUCCAAACAUCAUUAACCUAAAAACAGCAACUUUGCAGGUUUCACUUAAAUCAAAAUCUAAAUGGUCAAACCUCAAAAUCUCAAGUUUUUCGGGUUUUGCUUUACAUUUCUGUGAAGCAUGAACAGUUUUUGUGAGGCUGUUUACACAUGGAAAAUGCUUCAAUUAUAGCUAAGCCUUGUAAACUUGGGGAACUAGGAAGAAAAAAUGAUACAAUUAUAUGUUUGAAGAACAAAGAAGCAAAACCAGAAUGGUUCUAUUCUCAUUCUUCUAUUCUUGCAAAUAGAAGUAAAUACUUUGCUCAUCAGUUAUCUCUUCCAAACACUGGUAAUCUUAUUGAACUUCAAUGCUCUGAAUUCAACUAUGAUCACCAUAUCAAACUUUUGAAGUUGUUAUAUCUCCCAUCACAUUUGAUUUUGGAUUCGUUGAACUCGGUUGCAUCAGCUGUUGGUGUUCUUGAAUUAGCUGUUUCUUUUCAAUGUGAAGAGAUUAUACAGUGUUGCAUUCAGUACUUGGAGGCAGUUCCUUGGGAAGACAAAGAAGAAGAGCAGAUUUUAAAAUCGGUUUCAAAGUUGGGGCCAGUAGCUAUGCCUAUAUUAGCAAGGAUUGAGCCUGUGGAUUUUACUGCUACAAAAAAUGUUUUCGUGUCAGCUGUUCGGUUUGCCAUGUCUAUUAAUCAACCUUGUCCUCCUUUCGGUGAUGAGCUUAAAACCUCUGCUCAAGAACAAGUUGAGUACAUGCUCGGUGAAGAUGAGGAAUUACCAUUGGUUACUGCAGAUGAUGAAGUGAGAUCAGUUGUAAUAGAGGGUCUUUCGAAGUUAUGUAAAUCGUUUGAAGAUGAAUUGAGUUCCUUGAUUUCGGAUCCUAAUCUUGUAUUUGAAACAGCAGAGGAAAAAUUGUUGCAUUCUUUAUCUGAUCUUGAAUGGAUGUGCAACAUACUUCCUAAGAUGGAUUUAAUGAAAGAUUUUGUUUCGAAUUGGACUGAAAUCUCUGCUAAUGUGUUAGGCGUUGUUGAAGAUCAGAAACUUGAUUUUCUUAUGUGGGGUUUGAAAAUUAAGCUCAUAGAAAUUACUGCUAAAGUUUUGGAUGCAGUUGGUUAUGGGAAUGUGAUUCUUCCUUCGCCAUACCGAGCCAUGUUACUAAACACAUGGCUCCCUUAUAUAAGGAAAAUCAAACCUAUUUUGGAUUCGAAAGGGAAUGAAGAGACUGGUUUUCCUUACAAGAUGGACGACGAAUUAUGUCAAAGCAUUGAAGGCGCGAUUGUUUCAUUGGUACUGUCACUACCGUCGAAUGAUCAAGCUGAUAUUUUUGCAGAUUGGAUGAAAGCUGAUCAAAUUCGGUAUCCCGAUUUGAGUGAAGCUUUUGAGGUUUGGUGUUUCAGAACCAAAUCUGCAAAAAGAAGAUUGGAGGGUCUAAACAAAGUUGAUAAUGCUACAAUAAGCCUUUGAACUCUCAAUAAAAGUUCCAUUUUUUUAUUAUUAUUGUUUUCCUAUGAAGAUUAUAACUUUGGCUGCAAAUGUAUAAUUUCUUGUUAACAAUGAUUGUAGUAUAUGACUAAUUUGAUUAGACCUUCAAA